UCGGCGUGUCAGCGCAGCGUGACUGACUAGAUCAGAACACAUCCUCUUCAAAUAAUAAUGUACAAGACAUUUUGAGAUAAAAAGGCGCACGUAACGACGACUCACCGCUAUUUCGAGAGACACAAACUGGAGGUUUUAGAUAACCUACAUGAGCCAAAUGCGCUUCUAAAAACGGGAAUUCUCAUCCUCCGGGGAUGGCAUGUCCACCGUAGCAUGAACGCAUCACAUCCAGCGGCUCUGCCUCAUUUCGGAACACCUUUUGCCUGGCUGUCCUCGGAACGCUGUGGCAAGCCUUUGAGAGGGGAGGGAAAGCCGCAAGUGGAUAUCAGAAUGUGUUUCAUCGCUGUUUAGCAAUGGAAGCUGCUGGAAUUGGUGAAGGGGCAGUGUAUACUCGUGGAUAUCACCGGACACCGAAUAAGCUUGUUCUCGAAAUAAUUAUUAGCGUUGCAUCCUCGAUUACUUUUGCAAUGUCAAAAUCAAGGAGAUCCUCUUGAGGCUUAAAGUAUGCACGGACAUUGGCACAUCAGUCAAAAUCGCCUAUCAAGGCACAAUAUUUACCCGUUUUUAUCCAUCAUUGUAAAUAAUUUAACUUAAUACACCUGCUGUCCUCACUGAAAUAUGGUUAAGAACCAAAUGUAUUUCAUAGCGCAUCAAAUGCAAAUUCGUUAUACGAUGUCUCAACCAGAUUUACGCUAAAUCCUGGUGCGGAACCGCGGGAACUGAGUUCUGACCAUCUGCAUCUCGCCUUGGGAAGAACCUGUCACCAUCGAAGUGGAUAUGUUGACAUUAACGUAAAGAUGGGUUUAGUUUUCGGUCUCUUGUGGCUGUUCAACAUCUUUUUGGAGGGCAUUCAUUGCCAAGGAGUGUAUGCAUCUCCUACAGUCCGAAUAAUCCACUCUGGCCAUGCAUGCAACAUUGAGGAGGAGCGCUACACCGAGCGCGUCUACACCAUCCGGGAGGGAGAGACCCUGGAGCUAGCCUGUCUGGUCUCAGGCCACCCUCGACCUCAGAUCAGAUGGACCAAAACGGCCGGUAGCGCCUCCGACCGCUUCCAGGACUCCAGUGUGUUCAACGAGACCCUGCGCAUCACCCGGAUCCAGAGGCACCAGGGCGGACGCUACUACUGCAAGGCUGAGAAUGGCCUGGGCUCACCGGCCAUCAAGUCGAUCCGAGUGGACGUCUACUAUUUGGAUGAUCCCAUCGUAACCGUCCACCAGAGCAUCGGGGAGGCUAAGGAGCAGUUCUACUACGAGCGGACGGUGUUCCUGCGCUGCAUGGCCAACUCCAACCCCCCAGUGCGCUACAGCUGGAGGCGUGGCCGAGAGUUCCUGUCCCAAGGCUCUGAUAAGGGCGUGGAGAUCUACGAGCCCUUCUUUACACAAGGGGAGACCAAGAUUCUAAAGCUGAAGAACCUUCGACCUCAGGAUUACGCCAACUACAGCUGCAUCGCCUCUGUCCGGAAUGUGUGCGGCAUCCCCGACAAGAAUGUCCUCUUCAAACUCUCUAACAAAACAGCAUCCCCCACCAUUAAGCUGCUGGUGGAGGACCCCAUCGUGGUGAACCCCGGGCAGUCCGUGACCCUGGUGUGUGUGACUUCCGGUGGGGAGCCAACGCCCACCCUCACCUGGGUGCGCAACACGGACGAGCUGCCCAAGAAAAGCCUCCUUAAUGGGGGAACCCUCACGCUGCCCGCCAUCUCCAUGGAGGAAGCAGGCGUCUACAGCUGUGUGGCCAGCAACAACGUCGGCAACCCGGCUAAGAAGUCCACUGCCAUCGUGGUUCGAGGGCUAAAGAAGGGGCGCUUCUGGAUCACGCCCGACCCGUACCACAACGACGACAACAUCCAAAUCGGCCGCGAGGUCAAGAUCUCCUGCCAGGUGGAGGCAACGCCCCCUGAGGAGCUCCUGUUCAGUUGGCUGAAGAAUGGCCGUCCACUGCGCAGCUCGGAGCGCAUGGUCAUCACCCACACCGACCCCGACGUCCAGCCCGGCACUACCAACCUGGACAUCAUUGACCUCAAGUUCACCGACUUCGGCACGUACACCUGUGUGGCGGCGCUGAAGAACGGAGGUAUCCCCGAAGUCAGCAUCGACGUCAAUAUCUCUUCGACUACAGUCCCUCCGGAGCUGACAGUGCCUCGGGGCAAGUCCCCCAUGGUGGUCCAGGAGGGUGACACAGUGGACCUGCAGUGCCUGGUAUCAGGGAAGCCAAAACCCAUCAUCCUAUGGUCGAGGGCUGACAAGGAGGCGCCUAUGCCCGAUGGCAGCCUUCAGACGGAGAGCUAUGAUGGUGUGCUACGAAUUGUCAAUGUAUCGCGUGAGAUGACUGGAACCUACCGCUGCGCCACCAGCCAGUACAACGGCUUCAACGUGAAGCCCCGGGAAGCGCUGGUGGAGCUCACUGUGCAAUAUCCGCCGGUGGUGGAGCCGGUGUUCACAGAGAUCCGCCAGGGUCUGGGUCGCGCCUUCACUCUCAACUGCCAGGUGCUGCGGGCGCACCCGUCCAAAGUGCUGAAGUACGAGUGGAAACUGGGCACCAGGCUGCUGACCAUAGGCCAGUUCGACCAGCGCGACGAGACGGACUACCACGUCAGGGCACUCAAUAGGGAGGGCUACGGGGAGUACACCUGUGAAGUGACCAACGAGGCAGGGGCGGGUGCCUGCAGGUUCUUAGUCACAGGGAGGGCCUUUGCCCCAGAGUUUUACUAUGACACAUACAGUGCGUUGUGGCAGAACCGGCCCAGGGUCUAUGGCUUCAAGCUACAGUGGACCCAGCAGAACCCCCUGUCUGUGGACCGCAUCGUGGCCUACCGACUGGGGAUCAAACAGACGGGCCAGUCGAGGUGGUGGGAGCAGGAGAUCCCCAUGGAGGGAGCAAUCGCCAAGGGGGAGCUGAUCACCCACAACCUGACGGAGCUCAUCAAGCCCGAGGCCUACCUGGUCCGCCUCACCCCCAUCACACGCUUCGGAGAGGGAGACUCCACAGACAGAAUCAUCAGAUACAGUGCUCCAGCCAACCCUCACUUGAGAGAGUUCCAGUGCAGCUUUGAAGAUGAGGCCGUGUGUAUGUUCACCCAGGACAAGACGGAUGACUUUGACUGGACCCGACACAGCGCUGCCACCAGAGACACCAAGUACACGCCCAACACCGGGCCUAGCAGUGACCGAGCGGGCUCCAAGCAAGGUUUCUACAUGUACAUUGAAACGUCUCGACCUCGGCUGGAGGGAGAAAAGGCCCGACUGUUGACCCCCACGUUCAACGUCGCCUCCAAAAGCCCCUAUGGGACUGUGAACGCCGCUCCCACCUACUGCUUUGGCUUCUACUACCAUAUGUAUGGGAAACACAUAGGGGCAUUGAACGUGUACCUACGGCAGAAGGGCCAGUCGGGCUCAGACAGUUCCUUGUGGACCUUGGUCGGGAACCAAGGGGACCGAUGGAAGCAAGCCAAAGUCAACAUCCACCCAAUAGCCUCUUUCCAGUUGCUUCUGGAAGGAAUUCGUGGUCCGGGUAUAGAAGGGGAUAUCGCCAUAGAUGAUGUCACCAUUGAGGAAGGAGAAUGUAAAGACCCUCCACCCAACAAUCUAAGGUCACUGGCUCCUCCCACCACGCCCCAUAUAUGGCAGUUAUUGGUCACCCUGCCCCUGGUCUUUGUGGGCCUUCAGAGGUGACCCCUCUCUCCCAGGAGGAGCAACCUGACGUCGGCCCAACCCCCAUUGAAGAGUUUCCAGACUUGGACUGUCCAAACCCCCAAAACUACCAAAGAUGUACUCCUUUUCAGUCUGCAGGAGAGCAGCAGUCCAGCACUGGUCCAGGGUGGAGUAUGAAGGAAACGAAAAACUCAGUAAAUCCGGAUUUUUCUGAAAUAUGCACAGAGAGCACUCCAAGGUCAGGAUGGAGAGUCGGGUUCUCCAUAGUCUCCGUAGUAGGGGCUCCAGUUCAUAAUUUUUUCUGAAGCUGAAGCAAUCGUGGCAGAGUGUGGGUACAUUUCUGUAAAGCACAAGCACGCAUGGUGUGGUUACAUUUAAAUAAAAAAAUUAAAAUAUUACGGCCACAGAAUGAUGAUAAUUGAUUGCUUGAUUAGAUGGGUGUAGAAUAGGUUGAUUUUAUGUCAACAGUAUGUCGAGAAAUGUACGAAAUUCGCUCAACAACCCACACUGACCCCGAAGCUAUUUUUUCAUGAAUAUGAUAGAGGCUGCUAUUCCUCUGGGUUGUGGCUUUUCAUCUCUCUUAAAACUUGGAGGCUGCCUACGGUCAGAUUCAUCAAAAUGUGGAUAAACAAGAACAUUUGCAUACUUUCUACCCAGAGGCUAGACUUUGACUGCUUGGUAUAUUAUAUGUAUAUCUGUAAGUCAAUUCUUCAUAAUUAUUCCUUUGUCUGUUCUUUUUUUACCUUUUCUUUUUUUACCUUCGAGGUUGCGUAAGGUUGGUUUCAUUACAGUGUGCGUACACUUGUUAGCUAGGUUACUCUAUUAUGCAGUGGCUGAACUAUGGUGCAUUGUAUGCCUUGUGUGUAAUCAACCUCUAGACUCCUCGUAGUUGCAGCGCUAUGAGAUUGAGACCUUAGAUCCUUUCGAUGUACUGUAGGGGCUUCUCUGUGUCCCACCUGCCGUACAAUUUCAGAAUGUGAUUUAAUAAACAGGGACAUGACA